AUGUCUAUAGUUAAUAAAAACCUGCCACGCUCUGCUUCAACACCUUCCCCGAGCGGUAGUAAUAGUGCUGCACAUACUCCACUCGCCUCUCCUGUAGACUUUAUAUCCAACACACCUACUAGCCUAACUCGUGUGUUAACAUACACCUCACCAUUUGUACAUUCAUUUUCGCAUUUUCUAUCACUAGUAACUUGGCAAACUAAUAACCCUGCAGAAUCCUGCUUAUUGGUUGCUGCUUGGUGGACUCUUUGCUUGUUUCCAAGGGAACUUCUAGUUUAUGGAACUCAUAUAAUACUGAUUGGAUGGAUUGCUUGGCGUUGGAUAGAAAAGGGAAAACGCGAGAGACUUGGUAAACCUAAUCCGAUUGCUCGGUCAGUCUCACAACUCGAUUUAAAUCAAACGGUCGAAGAAAUUCACAAAAUUUCCGAAAAACUCUCCAAUUUUCAUGGAAUUGUCAAAGACUUAGAUUCACAUAUUAAUUGGUCAAAUCCCUCACAGACACAAAUUGUUAUCUUGGGUCUUUUAUACUCUUAUCCAGUUUGGAUAGUUUUGAAUUUCCUUAUAUCGCUUAAAUGGAUCUUUCUUGUCACCGGAACUGUUGUUUUGGUAUGGAAUGGUCCAUGGUUUAGAGUUAUAAGAUAUUCAUUAAUGCAAUCUCCCUUAUUCCGUGGCACAGUAAGCUUCUUGAUUGGAUUUAUAUGGGGAGGCCGAUUGAAACAAGAAGGAGUUCGUGGAUUUUCUGUAGCCUCUUUGAUCCGUAAAGCCAAAGAGCAACAAAAGAAACUUAUUGCGAGGAAAGCAUCAAAAGAUGAUUCAAAAACAUCUACCACAGAUCUCAUUUUUCGAUUUGUUCUAUACGAGAAUCAACGUUGGUGGCUGGGUCUUGACUGGACAACCAAUUUAUUUCCUAAUGAAAGAGCUCCUUGGUCUGAUGAAUAUAAUGAACCCACAAAUAAUAAAAACUCUUUCCAGCUUCCUCCCCCAACGACAAGUCUAACCGCAUCACCGAAUGAACCUAAUAUGCUUAUUCGCAAGACCGAGGAAUGGCGUUGGGCUGAUUCUGAUUGGUGGUUAGAUUUGGAAGGAGAUGUGGAUAAGGAUGGCUGGGAAUAUGCCGAUAACAGAUGGAAAAGUUUUACAUCGAAAGGCGGAUUUCACCAAAACGGUCGUCUAUCACAAGAUGGAUAUAGCGUUUCCAAACAGCUACCAAGAAUUUCAAGAGGUCCUGAUGGAAAAUUUGAGCUAAAUGGAAUUCAGAACCUAAAUCCGGUAGUAACGCCAAAGAGUGACCUGAACGAGAGAAACACUUCGAUUGUUUAUGAAAAAGAACUGCAUAAUCUGUUUUAG